AUGGUUAAGGGCGCAGGAACUGCGUUUAAAAAACCUUUAAUUGUAACGGACGCAAAAUUGUCUACCUCAGUCCCCAUGUUACACGUAGAUGACGUUGUUUAUCCGUUCUUUCAGGGCGCUGUACCCGGAACGUUUUUCUGGCGUCCUCGAUUAGGUCUAGACUUGGCUGUACCAACUACGGAGCCCGACGCACAAGUAGCACUGCCAACUAGAGGGAACAUUCGCGAUGGAUUAGUGGUGUUAGUCGACGGGUACCAAGUGGGCAUGACAGUCGUGGCCUUUUCGGCGGGCGUCUCUGGGGCGAAGCCCUAUCCGCAUUUGAAUCCGAUCUCCGCUUACUUCUACACAAACGCGUAUAGAUGGGGCCUGAGACAUCUUAGUCUUAUCCCAUUCUGGAUUGGGGGAAGCGGCGGCCAUUACUGCGACACGCACAAAGUGUGGCGCCGAAGGUUCUACUAUAUGGAUGAGUUCAUGCCAGAUUGGUUGAGGAAGGUCUUCCCCUAUGUAGAUGCUAAGGAGUGGAAGCAAGAGGAACUAGAGUUCCGUAGGUUCAAGAAAUACGCUGAGCCCGCGUUCGGUAAACACUAUCGAUUCCCGACGAAAAUCUUUAACAAUUGGUUAUCACAGGAAACAAAGGAAACGGUCGAUGAACCUGACUCGUCUGGUUCAGGGAUAUAA